UCCUGAGUAGCUGGGGCUGUGGGCGAGUAGUCUUCUCCCACCGUGCCUCACUGGUGCUGGGAAAAAACAGAAAUUAAUUUUCUCAGAGUUCUAGGGGCUGGACGUCCCAGGUCAAAGGUCACUGGUUGCCAUCCAGCCUCCUGGCUUGUAGACAGGCCCCCUCUUGCGGCGUUCUCACCUGGGGGAGCGAGAGCUGCAUGGUGUCUUUUCCAGGAGUACUAACCCAGUCACAGGGGCUUUGCACUUAUGACCUCAUCUGAACCUGAUCACCUCCCGGAGGCCCCACCUUCUAAUACCUUCAUAGUGGGAGUUAGGGCUCUAACCUGUGGGUUUUGGGGGACACAGUUCAGUCUGUAGCAGUGGGGCCUGAGCAGGCAGGUGGGAUGUGCCGUCUGAGACAUCUGUGGAGCCUGACGCUGCGGGACGUUGGAUGCAAACAGCCUGGGACUAGAUGUCAUGUCCUGGGACAGAUGCCCUGCGGGACAUUGGAUGCAAACAGCCUUCUCUGAUGCCAAAGGACUAUAGAUGCUGCUCUGAUUUUGUGUCUAGGGCUUUUCUUGAGCACAACAGAUGUCCUCCUGCGCUGUUGGGGACUCUCAGAGGCUUCGUCUGGACAGAAGAUCAUGGUUUCCAAAGCCAGAUACCCCUUUUUACCGAUGAGGAACAGCCCUUGGAGAACAAGUGUCUUCAGAGGCAGUGCCUAGGGUCUCCUGAAAUCAGGCUGCUGAGUCUUUUCUUGCCCGUGGGUCUCCACCCUGUUCUUUGCCUUUGGGACAGAUCAUGCUGUGGCAGAGAAGCUCAGAGGCUGAGGCCGACCGCUAAAGCAGCGUCUGAAUGUGGCUUGUGCUUGCAGCCAAGAGAGGGCCACCUGUGUGAGGCAGGUGGGAUUCUGACCCCGGAGGCAAGUUCCCGCCUUAACCGGAGGCUCGUUUGAAGCAUCCUGCCCAGGGCAGCGCUGGGGUCUGAGAUCCGAGGACCCUGUCUGCCGGCUACCCGUGCUCAGGAGGCAUCUCCCACAAAUUGUGUUCAGCACCCACCCCAGUCCUGGUCGGUGGACAUCUGUGCGGGGCAGUGAGGGUGAAGUGCAGCUGGUCUGAUAGAAGCGUCUGGCUUCCUUCCAGGCUGCACUGCCUCCCAGCGGGUUGGCCUCACGGGUAACAAGGCCAGAAGCUGCUGUGAGGCUCCCUGGGGCAGUGCCAGCACUGGGGAUUUGGGAAGGAGAGGUGUCUGUCCCCCCGCGGGGGCAGCUGGGGUCUGCUGGUCUCUGCUGAUGGGCCUGAGUGUAUCUGAAGAGGACAGGUAGGAAGGGGGUGGCUGCAGUGUGUGCUGGCUGGACCCCAGGUGACGGCUCUGCUGGGACCCAGAGGUUGGUUGUAGGGGUGGGAUCCAGGUGGGUGGUUCUUCAGACAUUGCCUCUAAAGACACUUCAGAGUCCAGGCCCAGCAUCUGUGGCUUUCGGGCCAGGGCCCUUUGCUCACCGCCAGGCAGCUGGGAGAGGCUCUGGGCCCAGCUGUAAAUGUCUGAGAGCAUGGCUGCCUGGAGCAGGCUAGAGGGAGGAGGGCUGGUGACCUGAAAUCACACCCUAGAGUUUCCAGGGGCCUCAGUGAGGAGGGAAAGAGAGUGCUGGAACUGUGAGGGUGACUGCCAGAUAUGUCCCCCAGAAUCACGGGCUUUAGGUGCUGGAGGGGCCUCAGUGACCUUCCGCCUGGCCCCCUGCAGGCAGCACGCCUCUGCUGAGAGGCUGCAGGGGCCAGGGCUGGGGGCUGGCACUGCCUCUGGUGGCACUGACAUCGUCCUGCUCAAGGCUUGGCUGCCGGCUAGGAAGGCUUCUCUGCCCGCCCCAACAGGAGACCUGUGCAUGCCCACCCUGUGGCACGACUGGGGUCAGGAUCAGCGCCUGCUGCUGCAACUGAGAUCCUGCCCUGUCCAUGGCCACAGGCGCACCCGGGGCCGGCCUCAGAGGCGGGUCUGGCCAGGCUGGGUGGAGGGUGGGGGCUGACCGCAGACCUGGGGCUGCCACACCCAUGGGGGAAGGGCUGUGGCAACGUGGGCGCCUCCCGUUGGCUGGGCCGAGGCAGCCUCCCACCGGCUGCACAAGAGUUUCUUUAAGGAGUUUCCCCCGUGCGUGCCAGCAGCCUUGCGCUGCUCUCAGAGUCCUGACUUCUGUGUGCUCCCCACCCGUGCAGGAAGCCACCGCCCAGCCAUGGACGGGGAGGAGCAGCAGCCACCGCAUGAGGCCAACGUGGAACCUGUUGUGUCAUCAGAGGCUUCAGAGCCGGUGCCCAGGGUGCUUUCUGGGGACCCCCAGAACCUGUCUGACGUGGACGCCUUCAAUCUGCUCCUGGAGAUGAAGCUAAAGCGGCGGCGUCAGCAGCCCAACCUACCGCGCACUGUGACCCAGCUGGUGGCUGAAGAUGGGAGCAGGGUGUAUGUGGUGGGGACAGCCCACUUCAGCGAUGACAGCAAGAGGGACGUCGUGAAGACCAUCCGGGAGGUGCAGCCUGACGUGGUGGUCGUGGAGCUCUGCCAGUACCGUGUGUCCAUGCUGAAGAUGGAUGAGAGCACGCUGCUGCGGGAGGCCCAGGAGCUCAGCCUGGAGAAGCUGCAGCAGGCCGUGAGGCAGAACGGGCUCAUGUCGGGGCUGAUGCAGAUGCUGCUGCUGAAGGUGUCUGCGCACAUCACGGAGCAGCUGGGCAUGGCCCCGGGCGGCGAGUUCAGGGAGGCCUUCAAGGAGGCCAGCAAGGUGCCUUUCUGCAAGUUCCACCUGGGUGACCGGCCCAUCCCUGUCACCUUCAAGAGGGCCAUCGCUGCGCUCUCCUUCUGGCAGAAGGUCAGGCUGGCUUGGGGCCUGUGCUUCCUGUCAGACCCCAUCAGCAAGGACGACGUGGAACGCUGCAAGCAGAAGGACCUACUGGAGCAGAUGAUGGCUGAGAUGAUCGGCGAGUUCCCGGACCUGCACCGCACCAUCGUCUCGGAGCGCGACGUCUACCUGACCUACAUGCUGCGCCAGGCCGCCCGGCGCCUUGAGCUGCCUCGGGCCUCUGACGCCGAGCCCAGGAAGUGUGUCCCCUCUGUGGUUGUGGGCGUCGUGGGCAUGGGCCACGUGCCUGGCAUUGAAAAGAACUGGAGCACCGACCUCAACAUCCAGGAGAUCAUGACCGUGCCCCCGCCAUCCAUCUCCGGCAGAGUGUCUCGGUUGGCUGUGAAGGCUGCCUUCUUCGGUCUGCUGGGCUACAGCGUGUACUGGAUGGGCCGCCGCACUGCCAGUCUGGUCCUGUCGCUGCCCGCCACGCAGUACUGCCUGCAGAGGGUGACCGAGGCCCGGCACAAGUAGGAGACUGCUCCCCGCCCGCUAGGGCCCCUGAGGAGCCAGUGCCCCCGUGGCACUUCCUGGGCACAUCCUAGCCCGCCGGAGGCCCCUGCCACCCCCCAUGGGGGUCUGGGCCCGGCCUCGCCUGCCCUCCUGGUCCAGUCACCCCUCCCCCAGCCCACCCAAAUAAAGGAUUAUUUAACUGUCUGAGCUCAGGCCUCCCGGCAGCCCCUCCCCUCCCAUACUGCAGGAGCCGUUCACCGGCCUCUGGACAAGACGCCCAGCUCCAAGGGGGCAGGGGCUUGGAGGAGGAGCCGAGGUGUGCGCUGCCCUCUGAGCCCUGGUGGCGGGCGGGGGACAAUGGCUACUGUCCCUACCUCACUGUGCCUUCCUGUGCUCCGGCCAUGGGAGCUUCGGCCCAGGGGCGGCUCCUGGGGGCUCCAGGGCAGGCGGGACUGGGACAAAGGCCCGGCCCUUGAGCUCCAGCCGACCCUGCCAUGCCCCCAGCAUCCUGGCCCCGGCCGCCACCUCCCCGGUGCCGUCUGCCUGCAGGGAUUCUGUGUUGUUGGCUUUUUUAAUGUCUCAAAAUCUUUUACUCAGGUAAUUUUAAUUUCAAAGAGAAAAACUGAAGUAAAUGUCAAAAAAACACCAGCCUUAAA